AUGGGACGAACGCCGCACCGGUCCCUCAAAGCAACCUGGACUUGCCCAGAGGAGGUUACGGCAUGUUAUGCCGAAGGUUCCGAUCCCUGCGAAGUUGGUAAACAAGAGUGUCCACCGUGCAUGUAUGCGCUCUCAGGUGGCGAGUUCUCCUGCUACAGUCGCAACAAGAGCAAAGACUGUCCUUUUGCGGACGCUUAUGAAUGCGAUAAGCCCAAGUCGGAGCACAGAAGCACCCAGUCUAGCAGCAGUGACGGAGCGGCAAGGUCAAGUGGGCAACCUACAAAAGGCGAGACGCCUGAAAAAGAGGAAGAACCGGAUGGAGGUCCCGCUUCGUCCAACCCGAGUUUCGGUCACACAAUCAGCCCGGACAAUGCCUUGUCACCUCCGUCCAUUCCGAUGCCACGUACUCAAUCAGACGCGACUCAACCGUCUUCACAGGCAGCACAAAGUAAUGAAGCCGGAGAAGCGCUGACGCACGAUAACACAAAGGCGACAACGGGGUCCCCUACGACCGUCCAGUACGCCCUCAUUAGUGGUGCGGUACUUUUCGUGGUGCUACUGAUCGUCUUCUUAGCUCGUCAUUUGAACGAGAAGAAGAAGAAGAAGAAGAGGAAGUUGAUGAAUAGGAAUCAGGACCCGACCGUGAUGUCGCGCAAUAGUCAAUGGUCCGACAGGACGUUUGACACGGAAGGCACUGGAGGUCACAUGUAUUCAGCGUACGGCUACGAGACCGAUCCGAGUCAGGAGAUCACCAUGUUGGCCGACUCGCAAGCAAGUAGCACCUACGACGCCAGCGCGUCGUUUUCGAGGUCAACUGCCGACUUUUCCACCUUCGGGGGCAAGUCCCAGUUUGCCGAGAGUUCCCCGUAUUAUUGCGACUACGGCGUAAGUACCGGCCCGGACGUCGUGGCGACUAAUGGUCCGCAUCACUAUGGGAACAAUGGCGUGCCCCCUGCACCUUUGCAAGCAAGCGGGAAUUUCGUCGAUGUGACUGCUUCGUCAGCGAAUUGCCGACCUUACGAGAUGGGCGUGAUGCGAGCUGAACACCAUCCAUUGACUGUAAGUCAGCUCAUGCCUACAGCCGCUAAUGGCGUCGAAGCAAAAGAUAAAGCGUCUGCGAGUCGACCAAAGCUGACGAGUUAUGAUUUCGCCAAGCCGCCACCGGGUAGUCGACAAAUGCCGUUCUUCGGUGUUUCGGGUGUCUCGACCGCAAGCAGCAUGAGGAGUGACUACGAUAUUGUUGAUCCUAUUACCAUGCGGGACGUUGAAGCUCGCAACACGGAGAUGUUGGCACAAGACAAUCGCUAUCCGAAGUUUUCCUUCGAGUCCGAAGUUGGCAUUUACGAUCGCUCGUCGUCGGAAGGGGACGAUAGCAACGAGGGCGAACGGGUGCAUCGUGGCGAAGAGCACAUGAUUUGA